AUGGAGUAUGCUUUUGACAUACCUUCUACAUGCUACGGGGUCGUGACCAAUAGGUGCGACCUCAAGGUUGUGAAUCACGUAUUUGAGGGGCUAGAUGAUGAACAUCAAGAUCUUUUUUUGGAAUCUUGCUUCCGCCCAUUAGUGCACAUUCCGGAGUUGAAGUUGUCGUCUCAAAUUAUCCACCACCUUCUUAUGAGGACCUUGAAAUCAUCCGACAACGAAAAACAUGCCGUGUGGUUUAAAUUUGGAGAAAACCAAGCUAGACUCGGGUUACAAGAAUUUUCUCUUGUAACCGGAUUAAAGAUCGUGGAUGAUCCCGAGUACGAGGUCCCCGAAAGAAGUAGUUCUCUUUUGCAUCUAUUCAAAAAGAAGCGUGGGAAGAUAAUGAGGAAGGAUUUGCUUGAGAAAUUUGAUAAAUUGAAGAAGAAGGAAGAUGCAAACUUGAAAUACAAAUUGGGGCUUAUCACGGUCCUCGAGCACGUGAUUUUGUCUGCAGAGUGUCGGACUCUCGUAGAUGAAAAAUGGUUCCAUUUGGUUGAAGAUUUGGAGCAUUUCAAUAGUUAUCCUUGGGGUAACUUAUCGUAUGGGUAUACCGUAAAGUUGUUCAAGCGGAACACUUUCGGUAAAAUAAAAAACCCAAAGUCGAUACAGUAUUCUCUUCACGGAUUUCCCCUAGCUAUCAUGGUUUGGGCAUUUGAGGCACUGCCUGAGUUAGGAAGACAAUUUGGUGAACACUGUUCUAUUGGCGGACUUCCGAGAAUAAUGUGUUGGAAAAUGGACAAACAUUUGCGAAGCGAGCAACUUACUACGUUUUUUAACACUUCAGAGGUUCAAGUUCGACGAACGUUACAACCUUCAAGUGAUGAAGUUGAAACUUCAUACUUGAAGGAUUUCAGCAUAACUUCAGAGGAACAAGAAAUUGUGCCUGACGAUGAGGAAGAAGAAGAAGGAGAAAAAAAUGAGGCUGAGGAUGAGGAUGAGGAUGGUGAGGAAGAGGAGGAAGAGAAAGAAGAAAAAAAUGAUACAUCUCAAUCCGAUCCACCACAACCCCAAGUUUUUUAUGCUGAAAAUAUUCGAACUAUAGUCAGGGAAGUUGUGACGGAAGUUGUGAAGGACGAGAUGAUAAUAUUUUCUGAGCGAAUGGAGAUGAAGAUGGAGAUGAAUAUGGAGCGAAUGGAGAUGAAGAUGGACAUGAAGAUGAACAAUUUUUUUGACCGAAUAGAAAAAUUAGUAUUUCAAGCAAAAGCUGGUCCAUCUACCCGUGCUACCUAUGACGGGACAAAUGUUGAUGAAGAGGUUGAUCCGGAGAUUAAUAUGUGGGAUACGGAGACCGGUCGAACAUUAGAUGGUGUUGAAGGUUUUGUGACUUGCCCGUCAUCAGCCAUUGUUAUUUACCAAGAGAGACAACUUGGGACACCGAUGGAGAUAGAGAAAAUCGUUGUAGACGAUCAACUUGAGUCUCAUGAGAUAGAGAAAAUCGUUGUAGAUGAUCAACUUGAGUCUCAUGAGAUAGAGAAAAUCGUUGUAGACGAUCCAGUUGAGUCUCCUAAGGGGAGAGGGCUCCGGAAGAAAAGACCGGCUGCCGUUCUAUGUACUCCAUAUAGAAACAUUGAAAAAAGGAAAAAAUUUACAAUUGUGACGGAGUACGACCCUUUUAGGCCAGUGGAUCCAGCUAAACUUGAAGAUCUCCAAAGCUGGUUGUCGAGUUCCCCUGAAAGUCUUGAAGUUGAGUUGUCCUCUGGUGGUAUAGCAAAUAAAGAUUUUUUUAAUAAACUUGUGAACGAUGGAUGGCUUUCUAGUGAG